AUGGAUCGCAAUCAUGGGCCCGGAUCUCCGCCGCAACCUCAGCAGCAGCUAGCCGAGUCUCUCUCCGCGAGCACCAGCGAUGGCGGCGGCUCGCUCAUUGCCCAGCUCACGGGCAAUCCCUACUUCACUGCUGGCUUUGGCCUUGCAGGCCUUGCAACUUUUGGCCGCUUAGCUCAACAGGGUAUCAAGCGUGGUGCCGUGCUCCUCCGCCGUCGCUUGCUCGUCGAGCUGGAAAUUACAAAGAAUGACGAUGCCUAUCCGUGGUUGCUGCAAUGGAUGUACCACCGGGGCCAUGCGUUAGGAUCAGGGGCUGCUGCUGAGGCUUCUCGAGAUGCCGCAAGCCGUGGCUUGUUCGAUGCGCUCGCACGCCGAAUCACUCCCCGAAUGCACCAUCUCCAGCUCAAUACAAGCACGUACAAGCGUGCCGACGGCGUACAAGUAACCGACUUCUAUCUUCAGCCCGGACAUGGAAAACACAUCAUGCGCUACAAAAACGCUUGGAUGUUGGUCAACCGAGAGCGCCAGGGAAAUCAUUUGGACACCAAUGGCGAACCCUUCGAGACGGUCACGCUCACGACACUGCAAGCUCACAAGCACGUCUUUGAGCAGCUCUUUGCCGAGGCCCAUAAGAUGGCACAGCAGAACCAAGAGGGCAAGACAAUCGUCCUUGUCCCGGACGCAUUUGACUGGAAGCCUUUCGGGCAGCCGAAGCGGAAGAGGCCGCUCGAGUCGGUGGUGCUCGAAGAAGGGGUCAAGGAGCGGCUGGUCCAGGACCUGCAGGAAUUCAUCCAGAAGCGAGAGUGGUACUUUGACCGGGGAAUUCCGUAUCGGAGGGGCUACCUGCUCUACGGCCCGCCGGGGACGGGUAAAAGCUCGGUUAUUGAGGCGCUUGCGGGCCACUUAAAUUUCAACAUCGCUAUGCUUAACCUGAGCCAGCGGGGCAUGACUGACGACAGGCUGCAGUUCAUGCUGACCAAGGUGCCCCCGCGGACCUUGGUGCUCUUGGAGGAUGCGGACGCGGCCUGGGUGAAUCGCAAACAAGCCAAUGAGGACGGGUACUCUGGAGCAUCAGUCACCUUCUCCGGGCUCCUCAACGCGCUUGACGGCGUCGCUAGCGCCGAAGAGCGUAUACUUUUCCUGACGACGAACCAUGUGGAGCGGUUGGACGAGGCGCUGAUCCGGCCGGGCCGAGUGGAUGUCACAGUGCGUAUAGGAGAGGCAACGGGUUGGCAGAUCAAGCAGCUGCUGGAGCGUUUCUACGGCGAGGCGGAUCCCGACGGCGCGGGCCGGCAGAGGUUUUUGGAAAAGGCGCGUAAGCUCGGCCUAGUGGGUGCGCUGAGCCCGGCUGAGCUCCAGGGGCUGUUCCUCUACAACAAGGAGGAUCUGGAGGGCGCCAUUGCCAGUUUGGACGAGGUUGCAUUGAUGCACGCGCAUUUGGCGCGCAAGCUGAAUUCGUCAGACGAGUGA